AGAAUGGCUAACAACACUGAACUAGCUGACGCUAUUCGCCUCUUGGCGGAGAAACUGAACCAGGACAAGGUUGAACGUCCAGAGACUGCUGGAGAAAUGUUUGAAAGACUGUCCAAAGUGAAACCACCUUACUUUAAGGGACAAGCUGACCCUACUUUCCUAGAAAACUGGAUUAGGGAAUUUGAAAAGUUGUUUGAGGUAGUGAAUUGCCCUGCUGACAUGAGAGUAGGACAAGCUGUUUUAUACCUAAAAGAUGAGGCUGACUUGUGGUGGAGAGAAAAUGGGGCUAGAUUGAGUGCUGCUGAGGGAUUCAAUUGGGAAGCCUUUGUGAUUGUGCUGAGAGGAAAGUUUUACCCUGCCUUCAUGAGGAAGCAGAAAGCCCAAGAGUUCAUCAACCUUAGAAUGGGUAGUAUGACCAUUUCUGAAUACUAUAGUAAGUUCAUAGCCUUGUCUAGGUUUGCACCUGAGGUUAGCUACUGA